CCAAAAGAAGUCUGAAGGUGGAAGAAACAAGCAAAGUUUGAGGCAGACCAAUAAAAAAAAACUUGACAUGGCACGAAUGCGAUUCUAGUAGACUUAAAUUGGAUGCAAGUCCUAUACACGUAGCUCAGCGAAACCCGUAGCCAAAUGUGAAACUUUCCACAACAGAAGCAAACUCAGUGUGCAAGGCUGUAACAAUGCCACAGCCAGCACGUGAAUCGGGCAUUUUCCUUGAAAACUCCACGUGAACCGAGCGUGAUCCUCACAUCAGUUGAAUCCCUGGCGCGGCGGUGGAUCACAUCAUCGUCAUGUACUUGUCAGGGACAGGUAGCCGUGCGGGAAAGAGACCACCGUCACGUAAAGGCAACGCGCGCCAUUGAAGGCGGAAGCAGCUGCAGCCGGCUGACGACACUUGAUCUGCAGGCGAGGAAGAAAACAACGAGCAACCUGUCCUACCCACCAACCCGACAGCCUUGCUUCCAUUGGAGACAAAAUACUAGCCUCCAGGUCGAUCCGGUGGCGGGGCCCGACUCCCAAACUCCGCCAGUCAAUCCUCCGCGGAUGGCCGCCGAGACGACUGCCCCGCCGCCAUCGUCGUCUCUUCCUCCGCCGGCAGCCGCCGCCGCGCCUCGUCAUCCGAGACUGUCGGGGUUCGGGCAGCUGGACGCGAGCGUCAAGGAGCUGACCUCGUCGCAGGCGGAGUUGCUGGAGAAGAUCCAGAAGCUGAAACAGGAGGUGCAGAACUGGCGCUCCAACGUAGAGACUCAGGUCAGGACAUGCCAGAAUGAACUCCAAGGUCUGAAGAAGGGACUCGACUCUGAAGUGGAGCAGCUGAAAUUGGAAAUGGAGGAGAUUAGGUCUGCAAUCCAGGAAGAGAAGGGCAAUCUACCUGCGCAAAUCACAAAUUCGGAGACGAGCAAUAACGACACAGAACAAGCCCUGCAGACUCAAGACCAAGCAUUGAAGGUUGAUACUGAUGCUAGUAUGGAAGAACAAACAGCAACACAACCAUGAAUUAGUGCAUCCUUUCAGAGGUGAAGCUUGUGUUACUGGACAUUCACCUCCUUUCGACAGAUCAAAAAGGAAAAAAAGUUGGCAAAUACACUACAUCACAUGGAGUAUUCAUAUUAUUUUUUAAUCCAUAUCAUCAGGUGCAAAUAUCUCUAUACCGGUACCAGCAAAUUCAAUGUUUCAGAGUUGUAAAGAGCUCCAUUACAUGUACAAGAACUGCUUCUUUUGUAACAAUUCCAUGUCUACAACUUCAAUUUUCAAAUGAAGUAUGCACAACAACCUCUGGUUCUACGCAUGCUUGAAAUAAAAAAAAAUGUGUUACCCGA